AUGACGAAUCCUCAGCAGAAGACCCAUAAACCGAAUGGCCUUCCUCUGCUUACCUUUUGUCUGUCCCUCGCAGCGGCUUUCCUGCCUGCGAUUUGCGCGCAAAGCGACAACUCUACCACUUUCGACUGGAGCGCACUUCAAGCUACCCCGAAUCUCACCUGGGUCGACUGCUACGGCUCCAUCUUCCAGUGCACCCGCCUGCAAGUUCCUUUCCGCGCUCUGAUUGGGGGAGAGUAUGAUUUCUAUGGAUUCGAUCCUCGCGGGUUGGAUUCUCGACUCCCUCUGCGACUUUUUUCAGCGCAUCGGAGGCGCGCGCAGUGGAAUGCUGGGUCGUUCCCACCAUCGCUUAAUUCGUCCUCCGAGGCUGUCAAAAGCAAGUGGGGAGCGGCGCAAAUUUUCGGGCAGCUUGCGGGCCAGCGCGACACGACGGGGAUCUUCAAGUACAUCACGACGGACAACGUGGCGAGGGACAUGCUGUACAUCUCGCAGAAAGCGGGAUACGAGAAGCGAGUACUACGGGCUCGUACGGGACGGUUCUCGAACAAGAUCAAUCGCAUGAUCAUUGACGGUGUUGUCGAUGCUGAAGCGUGCCAACCUCACUAUCGCCGCAACAGACACGGACAAGCCCUGCAGUUUUUCUUCACGAGCUGCGUCUCAGCCGGUCCCGAAGUCUGCGCCUUUUACAAGUCCACACCCGAGACCAUCAGUGCCCGCCUAGAGAAGCUGACGAACGCGGUCCGAGCCAAGCCCGUCCCUGCGGUCACACGGCUGGCGCUCUACACGCCAUAUGCCAGCUUCCCUGUCCUCGCCCAGGGGCUCGCCAAUCCGAACACGGGACGCGUCGAUCAUAUCGGCUUGUCUGACCUCGCUGCACCGCUGUUCCAGUGCACCCCGGCGGACGAGAGUGCGGGGGACAACGGGUUGGACUCAGGGGUUGGCAUCGAGUGCGGGGAUAUGGCCGAGGUCACGGAUCCGAUCGAUCAGUGA